AUGGACGCUUUGAGGAAACAAGCCACCAAGUUCAGAGAGCAAGUUGCCAAACAACAACAGGCUGUAAUAAAGCAGUUCAGCAGUAGUGGUUAUGAAAGCUCAGAUGUAGUGGUCAUUGAUGAGGUCGAAAUGCAGAGACAUCAUCACCUGGAAAAACUGUACAGGGCCACACGAGCAGGGAAGGACUUCCAGAAAGAAAUUGUUAAGGCAGCAGAAACGUUUACUGCUAUAGGUUACAAGCAUAUUGAAACAGGAACAAAACUUUCUGAGGAUUGCUGUAAAUAUGGAGCUGAGAACAACAGUGACAACAUAUUAGCUAAGGCUGCAUCAGUAUAUGGUGAUGCCCGCAAGCAUGUAGAAAAGGAGCACGAAGAGUUAAAUCGACUUUUAUCUACCCAGGUGUUAGAUCCUUUGAGGCAAAUGAUCAAUGGUGCACCUUUGGAGGAUGCUCGCCAUCUUGCUCAACGGUAUAGUCGAAUGAGACAAGAAGCGGAGGCACAGAGGGAGGAGAUUGCUAGAAGACAAGUCCGGGUUCGGGAAUCUCAAACUGCUGAACAGGUAGCCAAACUGCAUGCUGCGGAAGCAAAGAUGCAGGAGCUGAAAGCAAACAUGGCAGUUCUAGGUAAAGAGGCUUCAGCUGCAUUGGCUGCUGUCGAAGCACAACAGCAGAGACUUACUUUUCAAAGGCUUGUUGCCAUGGUCGAAGGAGAGAAAACUUUUCAUUUAAGGGUUGCGGCUAUUCUUGGUGAAAUUGAAGCUGAGAUGGUUUCAGAUAGACAGAAGAAAGAAUCUGCCCCUCCAGUGGCUGUUUCUGAGAAUGGCUCAGAGAAAACAAUGUACUUCUUGGCUGAAGCAACGCAUCCCUUCAGUGCUGAAUCAGAAAAGGAACUGAGUUUUUCAAAGGGUGAUUUUGUGGUUGUGCGAAAGGUGAGCCCAUCAGGAUGGUCAGAAGGUGAAUGCAAUGGUAGAGCAGGAUGGUUUCCUUCUGCAUAUGUGGAGAAAAGACAAAGAAUCCCCUCUAUCAAUUCGGCUGGGGAAGUUUUCUAG